UUGAUGCUGUAACAGCACUGCAAUCACUCCACUUAUUUUCUGCAGGCCUCACAAAUGCAACGAGCCUAGUUGAAAGUAUCACUGCCAAAAUGGCAUGCCACACCCGUUCCAAAGUCGUCGGUCAAGUCGAGGUUGGCGCGCAAUGCAGUUUGCCUCUGGCUCACAAGUCUGUCGGGUGCUCGUUCAAAGCAGGGAGCGAGUCUCGGAGCGUGCAGACUACGGAGACUGUGGAACAGUUAAGCACCAGCUCAGGCCUCACAAAUGCAAUGAGCCUAGCUGAAAGUAUCGCUGCCAAAAUGGCAUGCCACGCCCCUUCCAACGUCGUCGAUCAAGUCGAGGUUGGCGCUCAGUGCAGUUUGCCUCUGGCUGACAAGUCUGUCGAGUGCUGCUUCAAAGCAUGGAGCCUGUCGAGGAGCAUGCAGACUAUGGAGACUGUGGAACAGUUAAGCACCAGCUCAGGCCUCACAAAUGCAAUGAGCCUAGCUGAAAGUAUCACUGCCAAAAUGGCAUGCCACACCCCUUCCAAAGUUGAGGUUGGCACGCAGUCCAGUUUGCCUCUGGCUGACAAGUCUGUCGGGUGUUCGUUCGAAGCAGGGAGCCUGUCGAGGAGCAUGCAGACUAUGGAGACUGUGGAACAGUUAAGCACCAGCUCAGGCCUCAGAAAUGCGAUGAGCCUAGCUGAAAGUAUCACUGCCAAAAGGGCAUGCUACACCCCUUCCAAGGUCGUCGGUCAUGUCGAGAUUGGCACGAAGUGCAGUUUGCCUCUGGCUGACAAGUCUGUUGGGUGCUCGCUCAAAGCAAGGAGUGUGUCGAGGAGCAUGCAGACUACGGAGACUGUGGAACAGUUAAGCACGAGCUCAGCAUCGAGGCCUUCUAUUUCUCCAUCAACUGCCACAUGUGACAACUCAAAGCAAGGAUGUCUCCACCGAUGUCAUCUCUGUGAAUAUGAGACUGAUAAACUGUUUCGUCUGGAAGCACAUUCCAGCUUGCAUACUGGCGAGAAGCCAUAUCAAUGCCCUUUAUGCCCUCAGAGCUUCUCAAAAAAGACCCACCUGAAAGAGCACCUGCACACCCACACAGGCAAGAAGCCAUUUGAGUGCCCUUCAUGUUCUCGGAGCUUCUCACGAAAGACCCACCUAAAAGAGCACCUGCGCACCCACACGGGUGAGAAGCCAUUUGAGUGCCCUUCAUGCUCUCAGAGCUUCUCAAAAAGAGACACCCUAAACGUUCAUCUGCGCACCCACACCGGCGAGAAGCCAUUUCAGUGCCCUUCAUGCCUUCAGAGCUUCUCACAAAAGGGCAACCUAAAAGCCCACCUGCGCACCCACACAGGCGAGAAGCCAUAUCAGUGCCCUUCAUGCUCUCAGAGCUUCUCACAAAAGGGCAACCUUAUGAAGCACCUGUGCACCCACACAGCCGAGAAGUCAUUUCAAUACCCAUCAUGCCUUCAGAGCUUCUCACAAAAGACCCACCUGAAAGCCCACCUGUGCACUCACACAGGCGAGAAGCCAUUUCAGUGCCCUUCAUGCUCUCGGAGCUUUUCGCAAAAGGGUAACCUUACGAGACACCUGUGCACCCACACAGGCGAGAAGCCGUUUCAGUGCCCGUCAUGUUCUCAGUGCUUCUCACAAAAAAUCCACCUGAAAGAGCACCUGCGCACCCACACAGGUGAGAAGCCAUUUCAGUGCCCUUCAUGCCCUCAGAAUUUCUCGAAGAGAGACACCCUAAAAGUUCAUCUGCGCACCCACACUGGUGAGAAGCCAUUUCAGUGCCAUUCAUGCCUUCAGAGCUUCUCACAAAAGUCCACCUUGAAAGCCCACCUGCUUACCCACACAGGCGAGAAGCCAUUUCACUGCCCUUCAUGCUCUCGGAGCUUCUCGCAAAAGGGCACUCUUAACAGACACCUGUUUGUCCACACUGGUGAGCGGCCAUUUAUAUGCGAUUUGUGCCCUCAAAGCUUCUCGGAAAGAUCUCACCUCACUACGCAUUUGCGCAUUCACUCAGGCGAGAAGCCAUUUCACUGCCCUUCAUGCUCUCGGAGCUUCUCGCAAAAGGUCCAUAUUAACAAACACCUGCGUGUUCACACUGGUGAGAGGCCGUUUAAAUGCGAUUUGUGCCCUCAGAGCUUCUCUCGUACAUCCAGCCUGAAGGAUCAUUUGCGCAUCCACUCAGGAGAGCGACCAUAUCAGUGCCCCUCAUGCCCUCAGACUUUUGUGCAGAGGAGCUACUUGAAGGUACACCUACGCAUGCACUCAGGCGAGCGCCCAUACCGCUGCACCAUCUGCUCCAAGUCCUUUUUCCGGGCUUAUCACUUGAAGGGACAUAUGAAAACACAGCACCAUGACAACCCUGAGUAAGUCACCAGCCCUGUAGGUGUGCGUUAUGUAUCAAGCAGAGUCUAAAGUUAUGAAUCUACAUACCUGCGCAGUAUGCUGCAUGGCAUUCUGGCGCAUCAGGAAGAAAGUGUUGAUGUGGACUUCACAAGAUGUUUCAGCAUAAUCUAACAAGUUGCAGGGAGAGUGGGCUGAUAUUGCCUUCAUUACACCAACCAUAUUCCUGCGGUAUCCCUUCAUGUGCAGGCAUAACAAAUUAAGAAGCGAUCAUCCCUCAACUUUGGCUUCAAAACAUUGCCGUUUCCAGUGAGAUAGUCGGGAUACAUUCGGACUGUUAGGCCAGUCAUUGGGACUUGGUCUGCUCCGAAUAUAUUGCUGCCUAAAUGAACACUUGUAAGUUAAAUGGUCCCUCACCAGGUUUGGGCAUUUCUAACAAACAAGCAUGAUGCAUUGGAUGCGCAAUGACAAGCGAACUGUGAAAUCAUUCCGCAGCACUAAGACAACUCAAAUUUUAAAUGAACGCCUGUGUGCCUUUCCUCUGGCGGGGGCCCCACAUUUAGGUGGGGAAUCAAGGUCACACACAUAAAGUCCUCACAAGUUGCAGUCAACGUCCGAUUGUUUGGACUUUGUAGGGACUGCAAAAAUGUCCAAAAAAUUGUGUAGUCUGAAAAAACAAAUCUAUGGCUUUUGCAGCACUGAAGGGCUCAAAUUUCCACGGAGACGUCCGAAAUUGCUCUGAAGUCCUGCCAGUGCACUUAUUUAGUGUAUCGGUGCCCGUACUGUGACAGGAAAUGGCGGGUGUGUGUGCACAUGUUUUUAUAUGUAUUUCUUUUUUUUCCUGUCUUGAAAUAAGAGGUAGUCUGCGUAAUUUCACUGUGCUAUGGGGUUCACCUUAGUGAAGGUGUAAUAACAGAAAAACUUGAUUUUAAAAUAUGAUCCUCUGCAUCAAUACAAAAUAGCAUCUUGUUCAUAGCAAUGCUUAUUCCACGCAAUCCAUUUGUAUAUAUCAAAGUACAUUAAGUUGCUCUCAAGCUGAUGAACCAUUCAUUCCAUCCUUUCAACCAUCCUUCCAACCAAUCCAUUCAUUCAAACUGUCGUGGUCUCUAGUCACUUUUUUUUUCUUGCUUGUCGAUUGUGUGAGGACAUAGUAGCAUCAAGCGGACCUUUAUUGAGUUUCAUAAGCUAUAUGAUGUACAUCCUAUGCUAAACGAAAUGAAGACUGUAGGAGCCCGAAUGCUACUUUCUCAUUAGGUCUCAUUAGGAGGACUGUUAGGCGCUAGUACUUUGACAUUUUGACCAAUGCAGGUGUGGGCAAACAAGGCAUGUCAUAAUCGGCUCCCAUCUAUAACAUAGUGUUUCUUUUUGACAAAUUUAGUAUUGUACCUUGUGGCUGGUGUGCGAAGUUCAUUAUUGGCAACACCUUUGUUCCCUACUUUCUCUGCCUGCAUGUGUAUCACUAGUACUAGAUAAGAAAUGCUAUAUUCACAUCCCCGUUAUGUAGGACUUGUAGAAUGUGUGAGAGCUUUUGUUUGUGGUUGUACAUUUGUGAUUUUUUUUUUCAUGUGUUCUGUGGGUAUCAAAGGGGGGAUGUGUUUCAAUCGCAUUUUUAUUGCCAGUUGGAUAUAGUGAUCUUUUGUUUGGAAUUUUUUUUCUCUUUAUAGUUUGAGCCCUGACAUUGUCUUUCUGCACGUAAGCCUUCCUUUACAGCAGUUCAAUGAUUUGCCUUCACUAAUAAUUGACACUGUCUUUUCUGGAGUAUUAUAUCAUUGAUGAGUGCAUCACUAAAUUUUUUUAUAUGGUUUCUUUUUGCUUGCACUUAGUCACGACCUCCGUUGCAACUGUUUGUUAAUAAAUAUAAUCUAACUGUUUCUUAUUUUUAUAGUCAGCAUGUUAUUCUCUUCGAUGGUCCAAGAGAAUAUCAGUGUUAGCACUUGCAAGAUUUAUUUCUUAUUGCCAUUGAAUGCAUUUGCUAUGACAGAUGUUCAUCAGCACUUCAAUGCAUGAGCCAGUUCUUAAGAUCCACGUGUGUUUUCUUUUUUCAUUUCUACAUUGGCUCAUCUAAGACACUCGCAAUUCUGGCACUACUGCUGUUAUAUCAUUCUCUCAUACAGAGUUCAAACGAAUGUUUUGAGUGAACUUAGUCUGAAAAGCACAUUUUCAAGACCUUGGAUGUGUUGUAAUUUUUACGGGUCAUUAAAAUUCUUGAAUUUUGUGUAAACAGUUGUCGAAUGAAUAUGUAGACUUUGAGAAACUCCCCAAAAAUAUAUAUGUCAGGACUAUGAAAAACUAUUGGUAUGUUUAUUCUGCAAGUGACUUUAAAAGCUUUUCGUUUCAUUUCCAUGCAUACAUAUCCUAGUGCCCGACACGGCAGUAUGUAUUUUGCCCAAUGCCAAGAGAAUAACAUAGCGCCAAGAGAGCAUACCUCGGCUGCGAGA